GUGAUUUUUUUUAUGAUUGGCAACACCAAUUCGUAAUUUCUUGAUUAUCUAAAUGUUGGGAUUAUGUUUGAUUUGUCCUGGAUAAAUAAAUUAGACAUAGUUAACAUAAUGUUUCAGAAAAUAAUAGUGAACCUGAGAAAAUAAAACUGUUUAAUCAAGAUGAAUGAAAGGGAUAUCCCAAGUGUCCCUAUUACGACAUUAGCAGGAGUAGCCAGCUUGACAGACUUGUUACCCGUUUUACCACUUCCGGCACCACUGCCUGCAACACUUAACAACAAAUCACAGUUGUUUCACCCCCGUGUUGCUGAAGAGGCAGCUAUUCUGCUGGCAACACGUGAUGAAAAUUUAGUAUCAUUACUAAUUCAAUCUCUUACGCAGACAUCAGUAUCGCACAUAGAUUUAAAAGAUGAUGCUACUGCAAACACUUCAAACCCUCCGUCACCGCAACCUUUACCAGAGUUGUUGAGAGCAAUUUUAAAUGUAAAUCCUAAUGUGUUUGAGCAGCAACCAAGAACACAUUGGGGUCCAAAUUGUCACUCACACCAUAAGUUUAAUGGUAUAUCUCCUAAUACUGUACCCUCAAGUCCAUCAUCACAUGGUACAGCAUCCAUUCCAAAUCAACAAUUGCUGGCUACACCUUCCCAGUCUUCUCCCCAUGUUAACAUGGGCUCUCCCCCCUCACAAGCCAGGCCAGGUAACCAAGUAAAUAGUACUUCUCAGAACAGUGUGUCGCCAAUUUGGAACAGUGGAAACUCUUCCAAUAUGUAUCCAAGUCCACUGUCAAAUACAUCUAAUUCCAACCCACAAAAUGGUGGUUUUUAUAAUAGUUUAGUACAAGAUAAUAGGAGUUACGGUACUAAUUUAGGUGAAGACAAAGAUCCACUUUCUAUGUCUCCAAGCAACCAGCCGGAUCAACAGAGAUUAUUAAUGCAACUACAAGAGAAGGCAUUUGAGCAAGAUGGUAAUGUGAGGACAGGGCAGUCUCCAGCGCAAGCCAGUGUGGCGCCGUCGCCACUUCGUUUAGAACCGCAAGUGCCUCAGCCUUCAAUGGGAGCUCCAUAUGCUCCGCCACAAGCUCAAAAUAGUAACCAAGACAAACAAGACCCGAGUAAGAGUUCGGGUACUAUGAACAACAGAUACCCCGUCGUCAAACUUGGACGACUGUCGGAGGGAUUGUUGAAAAAGCAUGAUUUUACUGCUGAAGAAAGAUCAAGGAAAAAUAGUGCCCUUGAAUCCGAUUCUGAUGACAAUGUCCCUUUGAAGUCGAAGUCGACUAGCGGUACACCAACCGUCGAUAAAGAAAGAGAAGCGAUAGAUAUAGCUAGGGAGAAAAAUUGGGAAGCAGUCAAAAGGAAACAUGAAGAAGCUAGCAAGAGAGAAGAAGCUGAGGCUGCUAUAGUGCGCCCAAAGUUACGUAAAGUAGAGCGCAGAUUAGUUCCUGUGCUAGAAAUGCUGUCUGUAGAUGAAUUAAUGGAGACAAAUACCUAUCAACGUUUCAACAAAUUGAUUGAAUCAGUAUUCGAAGCUAUUGACGACGACGUAUUAAUUACUGACGAAAUGGAGGGAACUGAUAUACCUGAAGAAUUAUUAUUACCACGUUACCAGCUUCAAGAGCUGUGCUCGGAAGCUGCUAAGUUAAAGAAUCUUGGUGCUAUGGAAGCUAUACCCUCAGACAGAUUAGUUCGAUUGCUAAACAUAUUAGAGAAAAAUAUCAGGGCAGCGGAGAAAAUGUCAUUGGUGAGCGACCCGGAGGAUAGUGAAGAGAUGCGGCAAAUAUGGUUAGAGUCAGCGUUAGAGAGGGUCAUGUGUGCUUCGGAUGCAUGUCUGACGUCACUGUACGUGAUGACGUCCCCGAACAUGCCGAAGCGGAUAUUUCUAGAAGACGUUAUAGAUAGAAUUAUUAUGUUCAUCAAAUUCCAGUUGAACAACACAAUUUAUUGUGUCUACGAUCCUGUGUAUAGCAUCCAAAGUACUUCUAAAAAGAAAGUGGACGGACGCAAGCGGCGCGGCGGGGGCGCAAGCGGCGGGGCGCGGCGCAGCGGCGGCGGCGGGGGCGCGGGCGGCGGGUCGCAGCGCGCGGCGCGCGAGCUGUACACGGCCGCGCACGAGUCGGUGACGCUGCUGGCCGAGCUGUUCGCGGCGCACCAGCUCACCGACACCACGGUGCUGCACGCCUCCACCGUCGGGGUCUCGCCGUUCUUCGUCGAGAACGUCAGCGAGCUCCAGCUCAGUGCGCUCAAGCUCGUCACUACCAUAUUCACAAAGUACGAACAGCACCGGCGGCUGUUGCUAGAAGACAUACUGGCAUCGAUUGCACGUAUUCCCAGUUCUAAGCACAACCUUCGAUCUUUCCAACUUAGUUCGGACCAACAGAUACAAAUGUUGACUGCGCUUGUUCUUCAACUAGUACAGUGUGUGGUUACUCUGCCCGAAACAUUGUGCAAGUCGCAAGAAAAAGACAAAGACCCUGAGUUAUCAGACAGCAAAAAAAAUGCAGUAGAUAAAGAUCUCAUGAUAAUUUCUAAGUAUGAGGCAGCAAUCAGUGUGGGUGGAACAUUCCUGACGUCAUUCCUAAACAAGUGCCGAAGUCGGAACGAAGAAGUGGACUUCAGGCCCCUGUUCGAAAAUUUCGUGCACGAUUUACUCACCACUGUGAACAAACCAGAGUGGCCUGCUACUGAGCUACUGCUCAGUCUGCUAGGAACUAUGCUGGUGAAGUACAUGUCAGACAAGUCGAUGGAGAUGUCGGUGCGCGUGGCGUCGCUGGAGUACCUGGGGCUGGUGGCGGCGCGCCUUCGUCGGGACAGCGUGCACUCCCGCGCCAAGCUCGCCACCAUGGACGCCGUCGUACGCGACAUCCGAGCCGAGGAGGAGAAAGACGGCAACCAAGGACAGAGCGCAACUUCAGGACUGGAUGAAGAUGAAGAAAGAACGGAAUUCUUGCAGCGUGUCUUGCUAGAUUACCUGGCCAUCAAUGGACAAAAAGAUCAGGCCUGGAAUUGCGCAAGGCACUUCUACAUUACGCAGUGGUAUAGAGAUAUGGUGGUGCAACCGAAAAGUACAUCACCGACAAAAAAACCUAAGAAUAAGUCGAAAAAACGUUACAUAAAGGACGAAACUAGCGAAGAAGAGUCUGACGCUGAUGAUGACAGCGACGAAGAAGGGCGCCGGCUAAAGGCUGAGAAGAAAUUAGCCUCAAGUGCGAUUGUGUCAGCUGAGAAGUUCAAAACUAUAGAGCGACGGAAAAAUUUCUUCCUCGAAAAAAUCCGACCGUUUAGGUACCAAGGUGGCACCCAGGUUCAAGUGAUGCAAUCGUAUAUAGAUUAUAGUGGCGCGGAACUAAUCUCUCAGUACUUAGCUUCAAAACGGUCAUUCUCUCAGAGCUUCGACAGAUAUCUGAGGAAAAUCCUUGUAAUUUUAUGUGAAAACACAAUAGCCAUACGGACGAAGGCGAUGAAGUGCCUCGCGAUGAUUGUGGAGGCAGACCCAGCGGUACUAGCGCGACCAGAUAUGCAAAUUGGAGUAAAUCGAUCGUUUCUGGAUCAGUCUACUGCCGUACGGGAGGCUGCAGUCGACCUCGUCGGGAAAUUCGUGCUCAGUCGGCCCGACCUUAUUGAUAAGUAUUAUGGAAUGCUCUCAAAUAGAAUAUUGGACACUGGUGUAUCGGUGCGUAAACGUGUGAUAAAAAUUCUAAAAGACAUCUGUAUAGAGUGCCCAGAGUUCCCUAAAAUACCCGAGAUUUGCGUUAAGAUGAUAAGGAGAGUGAAUGAUGAAGAAGGUAUCAGGAAGUUAGUGAUGGAAGUGUUUCAAAACAUGUGGUUCAGUCCGUGCGCCAAUACGGCGCGGCCGGGCACGCUGGACAUGACGGCCGCCGCCGCGGACCCGCUCACCAGAAAGGUGCUCAACAUCACCGACGUCGUCAUAUCCUCCCGGGAUAUUGGCCUCGAGUGGUUCCAGCAAUUGUUGACUAGUUUAUUCAAACCUAAAGAAGACAAGGAUGAUUCGACAAAAAUUAUUUAUCAACCACCAAAAUCACUGUUGCUUGCUUGUCAGCAAAUAGUAGACUGUCUCAUUGAAAGUUUACUUCAGUUAGAGGAGACAAGUGCUGAUGGGACUGGUUCAUCACAGCGCAUUCUAGCUUGCCUCUCCACAUUGCAUUUAUUUGCGAAAAUAAGGCCACAAUUGUUAGUGAAUCAUGCACUAACUUUGCAGCCAUACUUGAGUUUGAAGUGUCAGAAUCAGUAUGAGCAACAGAUUAUGUCGACGGUGGCUUCAACGCUAGAGUUAGUAGUGCCUUUAAUGGAACACCCGAGCGAGGUGUUCCUGGCACAGCUGGAGGAAGAUGCUGUGAAGCUGAUCCUACAAAGAGGGCAGCUCGUCAUCGCCUCGUGCAUCGCUUGUCUUGCGGCCAUUGUCAACAACCUCACGCACAACUACAAACUUAUUAGGGAUGUAUUCAAUAAGUACCAUGGUGUACUGCUUCAAUGGAAACACUGCUGGCAGCGGAAUCCUGAAAUGACGAGAGCACUACACUCAAGGCCUUACUUCAGACGCGCGUUGUUUAUCGUAGGACUAUUGUUGCGGUAUUUUGAUUUUACGGAAGCGCGAGUCAUCGAAGGACUACCGGCGGAUAUAAAGGAACAGAUAUUUACAACAUUGAUGUUUUUUGUUGGACUCGAAGAUGAAGAUUUCGUGUCCCAUACUCUGAAAGCGUUAGGUUCGGUCUGCGUGAGGCACUACGAGUUCAUGUUGAGACCUGAACUAAAGGAAUUCUAUCACCAACUUCUCACAUCCGACUUAGCGCCGAUUGAGAUGAAAGCUGAUGUCCUGAGAAACAUUGAAAUGUACUUACAAGAGGAAGAGCAAAGAAUGAUAAGGCAAGAUAAAGAAUGGUCAAAGAGAUCAAAACACGAGAAUCUCAAGGAGAUGGGCGACGUGUCGUCCGGAAUGGCGUCGACGGUGAUCCAACUGUACCUGAAGGAGAUCCUCGGCUCCUUCCUUCACCCCAGUACCAUGGUGCGCUCCAGUGCCAUGAAGGUCGUGCAACUAGUGCUGGCACAAGGUCUCGUGCAUCCUGUACAGAUUGUUCCAUAUUUGAUAUGCAUGAGUACGGACCUAGAAGUGACGGUAUCUCAUACGGCCGACAAACAUCUUCAAGAGAUUGAUAAGAAAUAUCCAGGUUUCAUUCACAUGAAGGCACAGCUUGGCAUAAAACUCUCUUAUCAGUUACAAAAAAUAUUGCAAGUUAAUGCAAAUAAAGGUGUUAUAAGAGGGUUUAGGAAAAAGGAUCAAGAUGAAUUGCCGACGGCUCUCAACGGUUUCUUAUAUUCGUUGCUUCGUAAUACGCGACCGCAACGACGAGCGUUGGUUUUAUCACUACUCAAACAAUUUGAUGACGUCUCUACUGCUCCAUUGGAUCAAAUGCUGUACUUGGCUGAUAAUUUGAGCUAUUUUCCAUUUCAAGUUCAAGAUGAACCUUUAUUUAUUAUACAUCACAUUGACAUUAUUAUAUCGACAUCGGGAUCCAAUUUGUUACAAAUUUUUCGUGAGGGACUGAAUAAACCAAGUACAGAAGAAAAAGAACCAUUGGACGAGGAGGAGGACGACGAGGAAGCGGAGACGUUGCUGGCGCAGAUGCCGGAGUGCACGCGGCCGCUGCAGGACGCCAUGCGCCAGGCGCGCGGCUGUCUGCUACUGCUCGUGCUCAAACAGCAUCUCAAGCAACUCUACGGCUUCACGGACGCAAAAAUCAACCAAUACUCACCGUCUGAGAAUGUGAAGGUGUAUGAGAAGGCAGUAUCUCGGCGUCACGCGCCUGUAUUCGAGCCUAAAGCCACCAUCACACAGUUACAAGAAGACGACCUCGCUACCGACGAACUGGACGAGCGCGGCCGCCGAAGACUCGUCGAUGAUUACCUCGAGUUCAAGCAGCUUAUGCUGAAGUUCGACCCUGAGGAAGAGGAGGACGAGGAGCAAACGGGUCAGGCCAGCGGUAGUGGCACGGCGGAGGGCGCGGGCAGCGCGGCGGCGGCGGGCGCGGCGUCGAGCGGGCCGGCGGCCCCGGCCGCGCCGCCGCCCGCCACCUAG